UCCCAGUUCCCGUUGCCAAUUUGAGACAAACACAGAGCGGACGAGUCCUUCAGAAGUAGCAUUCCUUUCAUUCGCGGCGCGCUAGAGCCUGCCCGUGUGACAGACAGAGACAGAGACAGAGAGGGAGAGAGGGGCUGCAGCGUGCAUGCAUGCAGACUCCAGUUCCCCCGGCGCUGGGGACCUCAUUACUAGUGCGCUCCCUUCCCUUGUGUUGGCUUGGGAGGGAGGGGGGAGCUUUGAAACCGUCGUGGAAAAAACAGCGGGUGGGGGGAGCCUGGAAACCGCCGCGUGUUGCCCCGGGCCCGGGAGAGGGGGCUGGACCUGGGAUGAUUGGCAGCCGCCAGGGCCAAUCGGCCGGGUAUUGACACGGGCUGAUUGACAAGGGGGCGGGCGCUGGUGAAACAAUGUGAGCUUCAUUGCAAAAACAGUUUUGCAAAAACUGGGGAGAGUUGAAAGAGGGUUUUUUUUUGUGUGUUUUUUUUUUGGUUUUCUGUUUCUGCUCGUCGAUUCCAGAAAUUUGCCUUCUUCGCCACCUCAAUCCUGGAUUAAAAUAAACUGGAGGGGGAGGGGAGAGAGGAGGAGGGAGGGGGGGGUGGAGGGGGAUGGGGAUGGGGGGGGGGGGGGGGGGGAAGAGAAAACAAAUAUCCACUUAGUUGUCUGCUCCGUCCACAAACGUGAGUAAAGUUUUUGCACCUAACGCACUAUUGUAUGGGGUAAUCAACCGUGCUUGUAAGACGUGAAGUAAUGGGAAGGCGCACAAACCGUGAAAAACAUUUAUUCUCGGCGCUCUCGCACAAGUUUGGACUGGAAAGUGAGAUUCUCCAGAACAUUGGACGUUACUGGAACAGAGAUGCCUUUCAGAAUGGCCCCCACGGAACACGAGGAUAGGCUUGUAAAUAUUGGGACUAUCUAGUAGCCUGAAUUAAAGCAGGAAGGAUCUGUUUAGAAGCGGAUUUGAGAGGAAUCGCCUUGGCUUGAUUAUGGAUGGGAGAGAUUUUGGGCACCACCGGACAGUUCACGUCCCGUCUCCGCUGUUGACGGGACUGGGCAUGGAGGCUCACAGGCUCGGGGCACCGAGCGCCAGGAUGGUUUCCACCGGCGGUCACCUCGGCACGGCGCUCGGGUCCCACCUCCCCCCGGGAAAGUACCUCUCCUCGCCGGUUUCGGUUCACGGGCACUCGGGUUAUUCACACUUGCCCAGCAGCUUAUACCCUCCGUACAUCCCCAUCGGUCACCUGGAACACCCGGGCAGUGGAAGCCCCCUCCUCGCCCAGCUCAGCCAACACAACCUGUUUGAUUCCCAGAAAGAUGGAUACUAUUUCCACAGCCACGCCGGCCAGCCGACCCUCCAUGGCACGGCCAACCCCCAGGGCAACAUCCCGCACGCCUCCCCCGGCCACAUGCCCGCUUCUGCCCUCCGAGAGAAGGAGCUCUGCCACGCUCUCAAAGGCGUCAAGGAGUCGGAGAGGUACCUGAGCAAAGACCCCAAGGAGAAGCUCUACAGGAGCGAGGUGAACGUCAACGUGAGCAAGAAGGAGAAGGACAAGCCCCGGGAGGAGUCCAGGCCCAGGAGCGUGGUGGACCUCACCCAGGAUGGGGUGCGGAUGGAGAACGACAGGCGGAUACACCUGCUGGACAAACCCAUCAAGAUGGCCGACCACCUCCCCACCGUCCUCAACAGCCACUCGCCCAACCGCGGCCCUGGUGGUGGUGGCGGCGAGCCCAAGCCCAAGAACCCCCUGCAGACCCUGUCCCUCAGCAACUGCAACAGCGACUCCAGCUCCUCCCUGCGGCUGGCGGGCGGCGAGCAGGAGCGGUGUUCCAAGGACUCGCUGAAGCACGACGAGAACAUGAGGCCGCCGCCGCUGCACGGCCACGCCGACAAGGCCCGCAAGUGCGACCCGAUGGCGACCGCCGCCGGCACCUUACACGUCUCCUGCGGCUGCCCGUCCCCGCACCCGUCGCAGGCGUCCCGCCUUCCCCCCGCCACCGCCUUCCCCCCGCUGCCCGUCCACACGGGCAUCUACACCAUCUACCCCAACGGCAGGGAGCCGGGCAAGGAGCAUAAAGUCAUCGCGCCCACCUUCGUCCCUUCCGUCGGCUUCUACGAGGACAGGAACGGGCCCAUUCAGAUCGCCUCGCAGGCCCGGGACAACAGGAACGACAAAAACAAGGAGAAAGACGUUGUCGGCAGGACUUGCGGGGAGCGAGCGGGCCCCUUGCAGGGGUCUGCGGAGAGGAUAGUGGAUUCCUCCCGGCUGAUGGGGCACCAGGACCUGCCGGUCCACGCGGACAUCAAACGGGUGGAGCACAUGAGGGAGGAAGGAUCCGUCAUCAGGUCCAACUCGCUGGCAAUCAAGAGGCCGGUGAACUCGGAACUCUUCUUGAACAAGGCGGGCCACAGCCCGUGUGAAACGGCGAAAGAUUUGGUGAGGUCGGGCUUUGAGGUGGACCACAGGGGCCAAGAGAGGGACAGGUUCCAAAGGCCCAUCCUGAAGGAGUCGUGCAAAGUGUACAAUGGGGCGGAGGUGGCGAGGCUGCACCUGGAGCAGGCGCAGUUGAAACGCUCGGCCACCCCGGAGCCCAAGUGGAAGCCCUUUGAGAUGGCCACGUACGCCACCAGCCAGAUGGCGGCGCUGGCGGCCCAGCACAACCACGCCAGCCGGGCGGAGGAGGAGCAGAAGAAGGCCUUCCUGGACACGGCUGCCCUCCAGCGCGCGGCGGCGGCAGCAGCGGGCAACCCCAGCGAGGUGUCGGCCAUGCAGAGCCUGAUCAAGUACAGCGGCAGCUUUGCCAAGGAGACGGCCACGGGCAGAGUGGGCAGCGGCAAGAAGAGCCCGUUCGGGGGCCUGGGAAACAUGAAGAACGAGUCGGGCCAGCACAAGGUGCAGCACCUGCCGCUCCAGCAGCUCGGCAAGCAGCUGAAGCGUGACCCCGAAAGGCCCGACAGCGCCAAGUCCUUCGGCAGGGAGGCCGGGGGGGCUCAGGGCGAGGUGGAGGUCCGGCAUCCGCCCGUCGGCAUCGCCGUGGCCGUGGCUCGGCAGAAGGACAACAGCGGCAAGCCCGGGCCCGGCGCGAUGGACAGGGACCGCUCGCUAUCCAUGAACAGCAUCAAAGGACACGGGCGGACGGAGGAGGAGAGGAGCGAGGAUCGCCACCGACACCGGGAGGAGCGGCUCAUCGCCCGCGAGCAGGAGAAGCUGUUGAGGGAGAGUAAGGAGUUGGCAGACUUUGCCCGGCUGCACCCCGCCAACUGUGGCAACGCCGGCCUGAACGCCAACCUGAUGGUGAUGGGCGGCCCAGCACUGGCCAGCUCUUCCCGCUGGUCCACCGAUCCCACCUCGCACCUGGCGGCUCACCCCUGGCUCCCUCGAACCGGCAGCCCCUCCAUGUGGCUGGCGGGACACCCCUAUGGUCUGGGCCACCCAUCGCUUCACCAGGCGAUGCCCCCAGGGUUUGCUCCGAGCAUCCCCAGCUCGCUGCCGUCCACGUACCAGUUUGCGCGAGACCCCCAAUCGGGCCAACUGGUCGUCAUCCCCACCGAACAUUUACCGCACUUUGCAGCUGAGCUGAUGGAGAGGGCGCCCCCCAUGUGGCCGUCGAUGUACCCCCCGGCGGGCAGCUCCCUCCAGCACGCCCACCAGCUCCAGCUCCUGUCCCACCAGCAGCUCCUACGCCAGCACGAGCUCUACGUCCUACAGCAGCAAGCAGCGCACGCCAUGGAGCUACAGCGCAGCGCCCAGCUCGUCGAGCGGUUGAAGGCAAGCGAUCACCGGCUGGAGAUGGAGGAGAAGAUGUGUAAACGAGGCGCGGAGUUGGGCAAGCCGGGCCUGGUGUCCUCCUCGUCGGGACUGCUGCAGAAGAGACACCCGUCGCACUCGCCAGCCCCGUCCACGUCCUACCACAAGAUGGCCACGCCCCCCCCUCCCCCUCUUCCUCCCCCCGCCCCCUCGCACGCGGCCUCCCCCCGGCUGAAGGUGAAGACGGACGUGAGGGGGGAGGCGCUGGAGAGCCUUCCCCAGCGGCCGUACCCGUCUCCCACCCACCACCCUGCCAGCCCGCCGCUCUGCUCGCCCACGCCCACGCACGCGCUGCCCGCCAAGACCGAGGUCCUCGAGGAGUCGGAGAAGAAAGGAUUGGAGAAAGAUGGCGCCACUUCCUUCCAGGCCUUGUACCCCGAGAUUCCUCAAGGAUACGGUUAUCGACCUUUGGCAGCGUCGUUUGGCAGCCAUUACCCCUACCUCCUGCAACCCACCACUGCCUCUGAUGCCGAUGGUCUUGCACCUGACAUCCCACUGCCGGCUGAAGUCACCGAGGCCCUGCCUUGCCCCGUUACCCCGCCCCCGCCCGACAUCAAGCCGCCGCCGCGCCUGCGUUCCCCGCCCACGGAGGACGUGUCGCCGUCCGGCGCGGACCCGGAGGCCGCGCGGCGAGAUGACCUGAUGGAGGACCUGGAGGACAGUAAAGCCCUGUGCGAGCGGCGGCUGGAGCUGCGGAGCGAACCCCUACCCUACCCCGGGGAGGGGGGCUCUGGGGCUGCGGUCCUGAGCGGGGAGCCCGCAGCUUCAGCUGCUCUCCAGAUCCAGGAGGACCACGGCUGUUGCCCCUCACCCUACCGGACUAACGCUUGCACUGUCGACGUGGAGGUCAAGACUGAGCUGCGGUCAGUGCAGGCGGGCUCCCCUCUUGGUGACUAUCAGAGCACGACGGCACAGCACUGCCACGCGGACAUCCGCAAGGAGCAGGAGGAGGAGAUGCCGGAGGGAGAGAGUUGUUACUUUGAAGCCGUGAAGCUGGAGUGUCAGAGCGUUGGCGGGGACGCGGUGACCUGCGCUCCCUCCAGCACCAGGGACGAGGAUUUCGAGCACUUUGAGGCGAGGCAGGAGUUGCUGCAUUUCCGGGGCCCGGAGGGGAAGAUGGACGACCCCAUGGCUGGGAUGAAUGCGCUGGUGGCUGCGGUGGAGCUUCCACAAGCCUGCUCCUUGGCCGUGGAGCCCAGCCUGCCCAGCGGCCUCCCGUUGCCCUCCGACCUCAACAUGGCCGACACCUCCUCCCUCAUCGGCAUUGCCCUGCUGAGCGAGAUCGCGGAACUUGAACUGGAACGCCGCAGAUCGAGCGGGAUCAGUCGACGGGCGGAGGGAGGAGGGACCCACUUGGAUCUGGAGAGCCUCCUGGUUGCCAGCACGCAGGCCUUGUUGAUGGACUCCAUGCCUCUCCUCGGGACGGAAGCUCUCGAGGCGGCGAAAAGCGGACCAGCGAUCGUCCGACUCCCCCGGGAGCUGAACCCAAACAAGAGAUACAGCUGGAUGCAGAAGAAAGACGAGCCGAUGUUCUCCAUGAAGUCUGCCAUGGAGGGCAUGGACACCAUGGAGCUGGACUACAGGAUGAAGCUGGCCGAGCUGCAGAGGAGAUACAAGGGGAAACAAAGGGAGCUGGCCAAGCUGCAGAAGAGGAGGGACUACGAAGAGAAACUGGAUGAGAGAAGUAGGAGUUUAUCGCGGAGAGGACCCGGAAGGCCACGAAAGAGAGAGCAAGGCUCAAAUGCUCCGUCACCGCAUGUUGAUAGAGGGAGAAAUGACAGCAAGAGUGGGAAGCUCGGCAAAGGCUACCUGCUGCCCGACGAGCUGGAGAUGGGCGACGGGGCCAAAAGGAAAGCCAGGUCCUUGACCCAGGACGAGGAGGACGAGACGGAGAGCGUGAGUGUGAAAGUAAAGAGGAGAAACCGGAUGUGGGACGAGCAGGACGCGUCUUCAAGCUUCUCGCACGAGAGUCACGGCCUGAUUAAGUUCAAGAAGAAGAGGAAGGUCAGUGAACAAGACCAACUGGCGACCAAACUGCACCAAACCCUCUCGCUAACUAAAUUAAAGUCACCCUUUAAGUUUGCAGAUGGCCUGGCAGGGAAGCAGAAAUGUCACGCGGCCGACAGCUAUAGGUACCUGGCCUCUCACGAAGACUUUCUGGGGAAGGACGGAAGGAAGGCCUUGUACAAAAGCAUUGGUGCGCCACCAAGUUUGCUCCCCUUCAAAGAAAGUAAAAACAAAAUGGCGGCCAAGAGCAGGAAGUUGGAGCCAAGUUCAAAGAUCAAGGGUAGGCUCAAGGCAUCCCAUUCUCCAGCGAGGUCAGAGGUCAGCAGUUACUCUUACAAUACCGACACGGACGACGAGGACGUGGAGGAUCUGUGCAAGAACGAGUGGCCGCGGCGGUCCACCUCCAGCCUGGCCGAGCGACCGGGCCCCAAGCAGAAGGUGGCGCCCACCCUCUACGGCCUGAUGUCGAAGAAGAGCAAGGCUUCGCUGGGCGGCAGCAUCAAGCAGGCCAAGAGACUUGCUUCCGCCACCGGGACUGUGUCAACACAGCGGGCCCUUGACAAGAAAAAACUCAAGCACUUUGCGUUGCUGCUGGCAGAGGCCGAGGCCAGGACCUCCUUCACCGACAGCUCGGAGGACUCAUUCAAUCAAGAUUACACCUCUGAAGAGGAGGAUUAUAGGAAGGACUGCAGUGAUAAUGUGUCCUCGCUCAUGUUGGAGGAGAGUGGCCUGGGCCUGCUAGCCCGCUUCGCAGCCAGCGCCAUGCCCAGUCCCGUCAUGACCCCGCCGCUGUCCAUCGUGCAGCUGGAGGCCAAGCAGAAAGCCCGGAAGAAAGAAGAACGGCAAAGUUUGUUGGGCACGGAAUUUGAAUACACGGACUCUGAAAGUGAGAUCAAGAUCAAGCAGAAGCUGGCGAUGGUGCCUCGGGGGAAGAAGUCCCUUCAGGAGCCGGGGGUGAUGAGCAGGAUCGAGCAGCCGUGCGUGGAUCGGCAGCGGGGCGCGGAGAAGGAGAGGAAGGAGAAGGCCAAGCAGAAAUCUCCGCGCGAGUUCACCUUCGACUUUGGCGCCGAGGUCAGCGACGACGAUGCGUGGAGCCGGCGGCGGCGGAGCGAGAGAAUCUUCCUCAACGACGCUUCUGCCAUCGCCUCCGCCGCGUUGUCUCCGGCCGCCAUCCCCUGCACCGUCCCCGCCAUUAAAGCCAGCAGAUGUGUGAGGGGCUCGGCCGUCAGCCCCAGGAAAGAUGCGGCCAAGGCCAAGAACAAGAGGAAGAAAGGGAACGAGGUGCAGUCCCCCGACUUGUCCCUGGCCCAGAGUGGGAGCAGCGAGCCUGAGCCCAGGGUCGGGGUCAUACGCAGUGCCAGCCCCUGCAAGAAGACCAAGCUCAAGGUGAAGGCAAAGGAUGGCAAAAAGGAGCAGACUCGCUGUAAGGGUGGGGCCGUGAGUAAACUGAUGGAGAGCAUGGCUGCGGAUGAGGACUUUGAGCAGAAUCAGGACAGCAGCUUCUCUGAGGAUGAGAACCUUCCGCUCAGCAUGUUGGUGGAACGGCCCACCACACCAGCCCCUCGCUCGUGUGUGAUCGACAAGGAUGAGCUGAAGGAUGGCCUCCGGGUGCUGAUCCCCAUGGACGACAAGCUCCUGUACGCGGGCUACGUGAAGACUGUCCAUUUUCCUGACAUCUACCGUGUGGUCGUGGAGGGAGAGAGGGGGAACCGUCCUCACAUCUAUUCAUUGGAACAGCUCCUACAGGAAGCGAUCAUCGACGUGAAGCCCUCCUCCGCGAGGUUACUGCCCGAGGGAACCCGUAUCGCUGCCUACUGGAGUCAACAAUAUCGCUGCCUCUAUCCGGGCGCCGUCGUCAGAGGCAGUCCGGACCCUGGCGAAGACGUUGAUCUGAUCACGGUGGAGUUUGACGAUGGCGACACUGGCCGCAUUCCAAUCUCGCACAUCCACCUCCUCCCUCCAGACUACAAGAUUCAAUUGUCUGAUUCAGAGACUGGCUUCCUCUUUGCAGGUGCCGAACCCUCGCCGGCGCUGCUGCUGCCCGACACCAAGAGGCAGAGCAGGAAGUCCAGCAGAGACUCCACCGACACUAAGGAGGCCCUCGGCAACGCCCCGGCGACCAAAGCCAAAGGCCGCGGCAGGAAGACGUCCAACAAAGGCAAACCCGGGCCAGACUGUGCUUUAGAUCAGGCUGAUGUUUCUGGCCUGGUGGAAGGACAGAGCAUUGCGGAGGGUCUGUGCACGGCAGGUGGCAAGGCCGCGGGGAAGGUCCUGCAGAAGGGGAGUGCGGCAGGAGCUUCAUGCUGGCCCACCAGGGAGAAGAAGAAGAAGGUGGCCAAAGGGAAGAUCAACAUAAAGCCAAUCUCCGUGCAGCAACCUCCCGCCUUCCCCCCGCCCGCCUUCGUCAGCGCCCAGGCCGCGCAGACUCACGGCGAUCCACCUGCCCCGUCCGACUCCUACGCCCCCCCUCCCGACACCACCGCUGCCAGGCCAAAGGUCAAGAAGGGGAAGAAGGCGGACGAAGAGCCUGCGGAGUUUGGGAAGGGGCCGCGGACACAGCUGGAGUCGGAGGUCCUGGUGAAGCUCGACCACGAAGGGGUGAUGUCCCUGAAGAGUAAGAAGACCAAAGCCAUGAUGAAGGCGGAGGCCACCCUGCCCUCUUACCCAGCGGGCAGCGAGGUCAAGCACAAACCCUCCAGGACUAAAGCUGCCAAGAAGGAACCCAACAUUGGGCCCACCUACACUGGCUCCGACACCAUGGCCAAACUGAAAGGCAAGGGGAAGGAAGAGGGGGAGAGUAGCAGCAGCAGCAGCAGCAGCAGCAGCAGCAGCCCGGAGUCGGAUGGUGAACACAAGGGGCGGAACGAUGGCGGUGUGGUGCGGGGAAACAGCAGCACGGCCAGCUCGCGGGCAUCGUCUCCCGUGUCUACGUCCUCCAAGUCCUCCUCGUCCAGUUCUUCAUCCUCUUCCUCAUCCAGUUCCUCCUCCUCUUCCUCCACCUCCUCCUCCUCCUCCUCCUCCACCACCGACGAGGAGGACUCCUCCUGCAGCUCGGACGAGGAGCCGGGUUACCGGCCGGCGCCGGGCCCCGGAGUGGCCGCAACCGCCAGCGCGGUGAAGCCGCAGCCCCCCGAGCCGCAGCCCCAGUGCCCACCGCUGCCCCCGGCCCGGAGGCAGAAGGCCCAGCCGAUCGUCAACAACAAGAGCAAGGCCAAGAAACGUGACUCCGUCCACCUGCCCACCACCAAGGAGCUGGCCAAGCGCCAACGUCUCCCCUCCGUGGAGAACCGGCCAAAGAUCGCCGCGUUCCUGCCCGCCCGCCAACUCUGGAAAUGGUUCGGCAAACCCACGCAAAGGCGAGGGAUGAAGGGGAAGGCCAAGAAGCUCUUCUACAAGGCGAUCGUAAGAGGCAAGGAGAUCAUCCGCCUUGGAGACUGCGCCGUCUUCCUGUCGGCCGGGCGACCCAACCUGCCGUACAUCGGCCGCAUCCAGAGCAUGUGGGAGUCCUGGGGAAACAACAUGGUGGUGCGGGUCAAGUGGUUCUACCACCCAGAGGAGACCAACCUGGGCAAAAAAUUCAAUGAUGGCAAGUGCGCCCUGUACCAGUCGUCGCACAUCGAUGAGAACGAUGUACAGACCAUCUCGCACAAGUGUCAGGUGGUCAACCUUGAUCAGUACGAGCAGAUGGUGAAGACCAAGAAGUACCAGGACAGCGAGGACUUGUACCACCUGGCGGGCACGUACGAGCCCACCACCGGCAUGAUCUUCAACACGGACGGUGUGCCCAUCAUCUGCUAGGGGGGGGGGCCCCGCGAUGCCGAGCGCCAGGACAACGGUCCAAACGCGGAGAGCGAACGAGCGGGGGAUGGGGGGGGGGGGGAGCGAGCCACCACGCCAGGAAGAUGAUGGCCGGCCUUCCCAAACCCUGGCCCCACGGCAUCUGCUUCCCGAGAGCAGACGGUCAAGGGCGCUCCUCGCAGCUCGGGGGGACGGGUCAGCUGAUCUCCAGUCGCAGCAAGCAGGACUACCCGCCGGCACCAGGAAGGCGCGAUUCAUGCACUUAACACUGAACGAACGGGGGGCACGAUUCUUGUUGUAGCCUGCGACACCUUUGGCAGUGUGACUGGGCAUCCCUCCCCCACUGCCCCUGGGCACUGGUCAUAAGCUUGGAUCGAAACUGUCCACUGGACUCCGGUACCUAUUCAGGAUGGAGGCGGGGCCACCCAAGCACAGAGCAUGUCAAUAAACCAGAGAAGCAAGACUUUUAGAAGAGGUAGCAUAUUAGCGUAUUUUUGUACGGUGAAGAUCGCUUCCCCUGCCGCCCGACCUAGUCGAGUUGGGACUGGGGGUGGGGUGGGGGGGGUGGGGGGAAGUACUUUUAUGUACAGUUUGCAAAACGGUCUACUCAUGUUGUGUAUCAAAUGUCCAAGUUGUGUGAAGCAAGAGCUAUCGGAGAGAUCGGGGGUGCGGAUUGAGCUCAGUUUACAGCUGGCGAGAUCAAUGAACUGCGGAGGACGGGCUGGCUGGUGUAGAAUUGGCCCGGGAACCAGAGCAGUCUUUCAACCGAAGUGGCGACAGUGUUGAUGGAGAGCACUUAUUCACUGCCGGAUGCCUUCUGUGGAGAGCUGAUUGCUGACAAUCGAGUAAGGAGAGGAGGGUUUUCACGUUGUUUUGAUGUACAUAGAUACUUAUAUAUGUUGUACAGUUGAUGGCAACUAACCUUUGCAUGCCACUUGCAGGGUACAGCGGGCUGCAGCGGUUCACGUAGAACCGCGUGCACGCGAAUCCACGUCCGUGGACCGACCGACAGUAACAAUGCCUCGUUCUCACCUGCCCCCGGCUAACAGUGUCCUAUUCUAGAGACGGACCCAGAGAACUCAGUGGGUCACCCGGGCAAAAUCUCUGGAGAGAAGGAGUGGGUGACGUUUCAGGUCGAGACCCUUCCUCAGACUGCAGUUCCUUCCCGCACAAUGAUCUAUUCUCCAUUUUUUACCUCGGUCUCCGCCCCCCUUCCUUCUCUCAUUUUCACGCCCCUCUCACCCGUCCGUAUCUCUCGUCUCCCUCUGCCCCUGACUCUCGGUGGGAAGACCGGUCUCGAACUCUCUGCCUCAGAGGGCAGUGGAGGCCGGUUCUCUGGAUGCUUACAAGAGAGAGCUAGACAGGGCUCGUAAAGAUAGCGGAGUCAGGGGAUAUGGGGAAGAGGCGGGAACGGGGUACUGAUUGGGGAUGAUCAGCCAUGAACACAUUGAAUGGCGGUGCUGGCUCGAAGGGCCGAACGGCCGACUCCUGCGCCUAUAGUCUAUUCUCUAUUGACCCAAAACGUCACCCAUUCCUUCUCUCCAGAGAUGCUGCUGCCUGUCCCGCAGAGUUACUCCAGCAUUCUGUGUCUAUAUCGACAGUGUACACUCUUCAUUGUAAAAGUGCAGUGUGUAUCGGGAGUGUAUCACCACACACACGCCCAGUAGAACAGCUAUCAGCAUUAAAGCCCGGCUCCCUCUAAAACUCAUCAACUCCCCCAAUCGGAGAUUAUUUAGCCUCAUUGCUAAUUAUUUCCACAAAAUACAUACCUCUGAAAUUAAAUAUUGUCGGCACUUGCGUCAAAUAGCAUUAGCAAACAUUGCAUACACCAAACGAUUGUCCAUUGAACAGAUUACUUCAUUUGAGAUGAAAAUUCGUUCAGGUUUGACAUAAAAUUAUUUGGUUUCUCUGGCUCCAAAGGACAUUAAAAGCGUUGAAUUUUAGUGGAAUUCAAAGCGAAGGUUGUUUCAACAAAUAAAAUGUUUUUCAGGAAUGGUUUUAA